AUCACGACCAACAGUGUGGCCGCUGUAUAUAAGGCCGUCGCCGGCCGCCCAGAGCCAGUUUAUACCAGGCUUGUGUGCUGUGGCCGCCUCUCUCUCUUACUCUGUACGAAAAAGGAGUUACGUGCUGUGGAUUUAUUUAUUAUUAUUAUUAUAUACAGCAAAGUGGUCGCUAUCAAGCAAGUCUUCUUCUAAAGCAACACUAAAGAAUUUCGACAAUGGUCGCUCCCUACUUGGAACCGCGCCUGUCGCGUUCCUUGGUCCGUAUUCCUAACAAUAGCACUACUACUAACAGAGUCCAGCAUACAGUCCUCGCGGACCUCUCCAGAGUGUCUGCUCUGGCAGCCAUGGUACCGGUACCCAGAGUUCCCUGUUGCCACCAUACUCGCCUCCCCGCCACCUCUAAUAUGGACCGCGCGGAGCUAAAACCACAAGUUUCUCCGGUACCACCAUCACCAGCGGCUGCUGCGCCACGCUCAACUUCAAUUCCACAAACGGCGACAAUUCCCAUGCUGACACACGCGAGGAUGCAGUCUACUAAUAAUAACGUUGUGUCGGCUACCCGUAAACACCCGCGACCCGAGGAUUCCACCGAGGCUGUGGCAACUUCAGGUGACUUUCCACCCACUAAAAGGCAGAGAGUUGGGCAAGAAUAUCCUCCAACAGCCGCUUACGCAGAGAUGCCACAAAGAACUACCUUCGUACCGGCCGCUGUAGCGCAUGGAAGUAACAGCAGUGAACCCUCUGCGUCAGGUGGUGUGAUCGUAGUGCCAGUCUACGCAGUGCCCUUGGACAGGGUACCGGCCGUACUGACUACGUGCUCCUCCCAGCAGGUCCUGCAGGAAAGAAACCGCCUUAAACAAGAGAAUUUGGAUCUCAAACAAAAACUAUUUCUAUUCCAACAGCUUUUUCGUAACAAGGAGAGACUCAUUUCUGUCGUCAGAAGUCUGGGGCUUAACAUUCAACAAUAACUUCGCAUAACUAGGCACGCGUGUUGCGUGGCUAGUCAUUAAGGAGUUUGCAUAAAUUUACUAUGUGAUCGUUUAUGCGUCUGUAAGAAUCCAUGUCGAUGCUUUAUUAGUCGGUAACCUGGAAAUACUCCCAAUCAUAUAACUACGGAAUAGUCUGGGACAGGAUGCCCUAACCUCUAUAGCAGUGUCCUCCAAACUGCAAUUUUUUUCUCCUCAAACCUUCCCACAGCAUAAUUACCAUGCUGUGGUACCAAAGUCUGUCAUCGGAUUAUUAGAUUUAUUCAUCCUAGAUUUUACUCCUGGCAGAUCAGUCUUUCUAGGAUUUUUGCACGUACUAUAGUUUAAAUGUGUUCCAACCCCAAUUUGCAUUAAAUAACCUGUAACUUUGUGGGAAGAUAUUUAGAGCUUCCCCCUCAGAGCUGCAAGCCACGGCCGCAUAUAAAUGUCCUGAAUUGUCUUUUGAAUUAUAUUCUUGCCAAGUACACGUUUAAUUGUAUAAACUUCAUAAUGUAAUACCAUUCCAUUUUUAUUAUACUGUACUGAAAUUUGUAUGUUGUGUAAUGACUUAAUGUCACCAAAGAGUAUUUUUGUUAGGAUAAAACUAUUUGUAUAAAUAUACACAUUACCUUUAUAACAUAAAUUUGUCAAUUUGGAAAGACCAAAGAUUAGUGCUUGAUGUAAAAUGCGGUUGAAAGGAAAAUGAAUAAAUCUCUUGCCGAAGACAUUUAUAAUUUUAAGCAUUGAGGCGUAACUUAUUUCAACCAUUAGGUAAAAAAUGGUUGCAGCUUGAAUACUCAGGAUGUUAGAAUUACAAUUCUUUUAUUUUUAUAAUAAAAACAAAGAGAUUAA